UGUAGCUUCGAGUUCGAGCGACAGAGCGGCACGGAGUAGUUGUUUUCGUUGCAGGGCUUCAAUUCAGCUGUUUGUCGUGAUGAACCGAGAAUCUAUGGCAGUAUGUAUUCUUCUGACACCCGGCUGUAGUUGCAGAAUAUGUUGACAUUGCCAUUUUUAAUUUUAGCCACGAGCAGUUUUUUCUGGGAGAGAAGAAUACAAACGAAAAUCAAAAACAAGUAGAGGUAUCAUUGUAAGAACGCUUGUAUUAUUAGUUUAGGUCUACUUCUUACUAUUUUCAUUGUACGAUAUUAGAGCUUCUCUUUCUCAUCAUCUUCUACCCUGGAGUGCAUGACGAAUUUGUAAAAUUUGAGAGAGCAAGUGCAAGAGCUUCUUUUACGACUGUUGUAUUUACCACUCACAAGGACGAGAGGACUACCAAAAGUUUGCAAAUAAACGAGCAAAACGAAGAAAGAGCGCAGUAUCAGUAAGCACGGGAAGCCGAAGCGCCGCUGGUGUUGCAAAGAGUUGAACAAGCUGAGGUCUUGUCCUGCUUCAACAUCAUCACAUUCAAUAAAUUUGUAAAAACUGCGUCUAAAAUAUUAAUUUCCCCACCACUACCUAGCCAGUAAUGCAGGACUUCACGACUAGCGGGCAGUCGCUGUACUUAACCCUUCCACGCAAGAAUGGCCACCUUUAACAACCAGUUUGAGCCGAUAGUGCGCAUGGAGGUUGACAGUUUUGAAGAUUUUGACCACGAGAAUUUUGAACAACCCGACCACAACCAGACCAUCCCUUCUGCCACGAUAAAACCGCCCAAGCGCCUCUCUGUAGCGGACUCGGAGGAAGAUCUGCUUCUGCAACCAAAACGCAGGAUGAUUGAGGAGAGCGAUAACAACCUCAAGCCACACCAGCUCGCAGAAUCCGUGCCCACGCCGCUCUAUCCUGUGCAAAAGUAUCGUACUCGUACUAAUUGCAGCUAUGCAUGACAAACUUCCUUUCCAAGUGAAAACAGCAUGACAAAUUCAAAUUUUCAUGCUGAGAAAAUUUGUAAUGCAAUUUAUACUAGUUGUACGAUGCUUUGCAAUGCAUACCCUCAGCCCUGGGAAGCGCGUUUCAAAAAGUCCGGGAAAGAAAACCGCGGCGAACGGUCUGCAAGCGGCGUCAAAGCCGGCCUCAGCCACUUCUAUUGCGCCGCAGGGGCUACCGUAUAGUUUUUUUUGAUGAUGGUUUUUUUGCUUCUCCAGCAUGGGUCAUUGUCAUGUGAAUUUUUUUUUCCCGACAGGAGCAGGACACACAGAGUGGACUUUUCUCUCUGCAGUUCCCAUGUCAAUAUCCUAACACCAGUUCCGGCGUUUCCGCAUCGGCUUCAACAGAGGUCCCUCCGUCGACAGUGGUUGCACAACCAGCUGCAUCAUCCACCCGGAGCAAGCCGAUUGAUGAAGCAAGCCUCGUGUUACCGAUCCCGGAUGUUGUUAACACAACGACUACCACUGAUGUGGUGGCUAUCAAAUGCAAAUAUGUCUGGGUCUGCAAGAGUGCAUGUUUGUCAUGCUUGUCUGGCAUGACUCUUGAAUCUGUCACUCACGUUACCCAAGAGCCCCAUUUUGCUGUCACGCAAAAACGCAGUUUGUCAUGCAGAGUAGGCAACACCUAGAAGCUCCAAAGCUUGUCAUGCUGAGCCAGCACUUGUGGCCUCUUCAUGAUACGCCGACCAGCGUCACAAGUUUCCAGACCCAGACUUUUUUACAAUCCAUAGUGGCCGGACAGCAGCAACUACUCGAACAAGGAGAGCCGAUGCAUUUGACCGGCACAACCAACACGGCUGCAACAAGUUCUUCCGGUUCUGCAUCUAGUACUUCCUCGACGACACAGCACAAUGCCACAAGCACGAAGAUUAACCGCCGGAUGCCACUGCCACCGGUGCGGUACACCAGGCCCAGGACGGUGAACUUGAACAAUAACGGGACAACUAGUAGUACAACUACGGGUAGUGUUGACCACAAUGGUGCAGCAGUUGUGCAAUUCCCGCCGAGAACUGGUACAACGAGAGCGCAGCAGCAGCAGCAGCACCUCCGCAAUACAACCGCCGGAAAUACUAAUCCCACCACGGCACCCGCACCGUACGUACCGUCGAAUAAUCCGGUUUACACCCAUCGCAACAUCUAUCGCAAGAAAAAACUGUUUCACUGUAAACUUGUAAUGCAGAAACUGCAUCUCAGAAGUGUUUGUCGUGCUACACAUGCAAGUUAGACGGGAUUUUCUAGCUGUGUUUUCCCGUAGGAACCUCGCAUGGCAAGUUUUCCCUGUCAUGUAGAGCAAACUUGUGCUGCAAAACUUACUUGCAAAAUCCUUACAGUGAAACUCUUUUUUCGUACGAUAACAUCGGGCAACUCCAGCAGUGGAAUAACCACAACCUCCCCCGGGGCUUCCAGGACGCGAUGACGGGAUCCGCUUCGUAUAACCCCUUGUUGUCUGAAAUGACGAUGAACAACGAUGAGUACCGCAACCAGAUCGACGAGGGGAGCUUCGACGGGAAUCGACCCAGGUUGCGCCAUCAGAUGAUGGCGGCAAGUAGUACAUCUCCAGAUCAUGAUUUUUGUAAGACCCUCAACGUCGGAGAAAAUAAGGAGGGGAGCAAGUCUGACGAUUUGUUUUUGCUCGCGAAUAAAAAUGAAACCGGUACAACUAGUACUUUAUCCUCCUGGGAUCCAGUUGUGGAGGCUCCUGCGAAUAAUUGUUCCAGCAAAAUCAGCUCACCGUCGUUUGACGAUCACCAGGACAACUACAGCUCCUGUUCAUCUUCCGCAGGAGGUGCUUCUUCCUUCCACCCGGCGAGUGGUACAACUGGCCAGCAAUUCGAAUUCGACCCCUGUUUCCUCUUUGUAGAGAAAAACUGGAAGACGGAAACGGUUCUCGGGAAGUAUUACAAUGAAAAAUGCCUCCACGACCCCAGAUGAACUUGGCGCAUUUGUAUAGCAAACCUUUCCAAUGGAAACAUUCCUCGUCUUGCAUAUGUCAGCAUCACAAAUUUUCCACGCUGAAUAGCUCAAACCUGUGUUGCAAAGGAGCCCAACAGCAGCCGGAUCUGUUAUGCAAAAGAUACGCUACGCCUGCGCGCCUAGAUUCUCCAACAGAAAGGCUCGUAGUCCUUUCAUGCAAGACGAAAAGGUUUCAUUUGGAAACUUUGCAUGAGAACCUUUUGCAAAUUCUGGGGUGGGGGCAUUUUUCACUGUAAUAGGAAGUUAGAAGUCGACCGGUUGAAACACGAGCACGCGGCCAUGCUGCGGAGACUGGCGCGGAUGAAAGGCGGGAAUAGUAAGAUGGGGAAAAUGAUGAAAGGGCAGAAUUCGAAACUAACUUCCUCCAAUUAUAACCCGCUCAGGUGUUACAAUCUCAAACGUUACAAUAGUUAGAAUAUGGAAAUCUGUGAUGCAAGAGUGCAUGAUCUAGCCAACUCUCAUAGGAUUGCGCAUGACAAGUUCCGGAGCCCCAAACAACACUACAAUCUGCCGAAAUUUGUAUUGCAAAAGGUGGAACGCUGUGCGAGUCUGUCAUGCUCAUCAUGCAACACAAAUUCCAGACUCUAUUGUAACGUUUGAGAUUGUAACCUUUGAGAAAGUCAUACCAAUGCGACGAAGAAAAACCAGCGCUUUCGGCAGCGCAGUCGGGAAAACUCCGUGUCGUCUAGCGAAGAAGACUCGGAGGAUUCGGAAGAUGAGGAUGAGGAUUCGUCUGAAGAACCAAGUGAAGCGGAACCGGAGGAAGAAGAAUUGUCGGAUGAGGACGAGUCCAUGGGCGGGGACGUCGAUAAUAACAGCAGCAGCAAGAGGGUAGCAGAAGUACAACUACCGGACAAAGAAAAUAUCAACGAGCAGUUGACGAGCAAGAUCGAUGAGGAUUCGGAUUUUUCGGAAGAUUCCGAUUCCUCCAACGGGGACGACGAGAGAAUGCAGGUGGACGGGCCUUCUACUGUGGAUAGUACUUCUGCGAAUAAAAAUGCCGGCAAGGAGAUGCUGAACGGUGCAGGGUCCUCUUCUUCAUCCGGCGCGUCGAGUAGCUCGGCGUCUGCGUCUAACACCACGACUACGACGGCGGAGAGCUGUCAGAACAAAGACAUUGACGCGAAAAAGAAACACAGCGCAUCAAUCAUGAAGAGCCCCUCGGAUGAAAAGAAAUUGGUUUUGCCAGGUACAAGAAAAACAAUCGAUGUCUACUUUCGUUCGAUGUUGCACAUUUUUUGUCUUGCAAUGUUGAUAGAUUGUACUAUCGUAUUUGGUCUUGUCAUGCCAACAUCCUACUAUGAAAAGAAAUUAAAACACAACAAACAGUUCCCCGCUGCCAGUUUUGCCGGAAGCAACUCGACAGCUGCAGUGCCAUUGUGAUCGAGAAGGCCCGGAAAACGAGACGGAAUUUUUUUCACCCGGCCUGCUUUUUCGAGUUGUUUGGGGAGAAUGCGAAGGACAUACAGUUUACCUUGAAGGGAGAGAAACAGGUAUAUCGGGAAAAGGAUUUUUGUCAUGCAGAAACUGCGUUGGAGGCAUGCUCUCGCUCUACCAUGCGUACUUCUACUUUCAUAUGUAUGAAGUGCACAGAAUGAAGAUCACCAAUUCCAACCAGGUCGGCGGGCAAGCGGAUUGUGUAUCCUGAGCAAAAACGUACCCACACCAGAGUCAGGCUGGGGAUUUUGCAACACAAGCCUAGGAGUUUUGUGAGUCACGCAUGACAAGUUGCGCUCUGCAGUGUAGUGCAGGUUAGCAAGUGCAGCCGCAUCACAGAUUCAUCUGCUCAUCCUGUUUACAGCAUCACAAAUUCCAAAACACGAUUGAAAAUGGCUCUCAUGCGGAUGCGCAUUACAAAUGUUCCUGUCUUUGCAAAUCUGCAUUACAACUCUGGUGUGGGUACGUUUUUACUCAGGAUACUGUGACGACAUGGUUCUGGAGCAGGCGGUCAAGGGCUUGAUCCGCAAUAUGAAUGAAAACUGAAAUUGUGGUCGAGGUUAUCGCAAGAAAAAACUGUUUCACUGUGAAGAACUUGUGAUGCAUAGAAUGGAACACAGAACCAUUUGUCUUGCUACACCUGUAAGAGCUUGACUCUUCAAGGGCGUUUUCCCUUUGGAAGCGCGCAUGCCAAAUUUUCUGCGUCAUGUCGUGUAAGAAACUUAUGAUGCAGAUCUUGCAAAGGCAUCACGAUCACAGUGAAGCAGUGCUUUCGUGGGAUAGAGGUCAUGAAGGGUCUACUUUGGUCUCAGAAGGCUUCGAUCGAUGUGUCAUGAUGCGCGUUGAGGCCGACACUCACACUAUCUACUGUCGAAAAGAGAUCAGAAUGAUAAGAAACUCUACAUAGUCGUAGAAAUAGUAACUACGCCAGAGCGCCGCGAGGACCGUGAAGAUGAACUGAUGUGCAGUUGUCUGCUAAAGGUAAAAGAAGAAGAAUAGUAGGUACUAACUCUGUCAUUUGCGAAACGCGAAGGAAGAAAACCUUGGGUGCACAAGAAGUAAGACACUUGCUAGAAAAUCUUGAGUUAACGAAGUUGAGACCGCUGCGAUUGCGCGAGACUUGAAGAUUUUGUGAGCUUUAUUGAAGUUUAGAAUUGAAACUGAAUGACGCUCUCCUGCCUGGGUGGAAAUCUAAGUUGAUGCCAACAAUUCUUGACAAAUAGAAUAAUAAACUACCUUGUGAAUAAGUACGAAAAAUAAAUGCAUUGUAAAAAUACAGCCUCCCUUUCUUUAGAAGAAAACCAAAGCGCGCCGCCACCCUUUAUUCAAGGUUGUGCGUCCUGAUGCCCCUGAUUUUUUAUGAACUUUUGAAAUUUAUGCACUUGCAUUUGAAGAUACAGAUUACCACUUGACAGAAACAGUGGUUUCUUUUCCUUGCUGAAUGUAAUUGGGAGCUACGGGUAAAUCUAAAUUUGUCUCCACUUUGAUACGAAACAAGUGACAAGGGAGGUGAAUAAUACACCUAACAAGAUUUAUUUCGGAAAUUUUGUACAAAAAAUGACCUCAAAAUCAAAUAGAAUACCAGAAAAACAAUUAUCGCCCACGAGGGUGCUAGCCGCUGAAGAUGACAAGGAUGGG